UGUUUUAGACUUUUCGGCAUAAUAGCUUUAUUUUUUCGGCGGUCUCUAAUAUUCCGUAUUGAUUACUGCCAAUAUUUAAAAAUAUUAAAGUAGUAAUAAUAACACUUAUCAGUUUAUUGUAUAAACCUAUUUCGAAAAAAUGAUUCCGAGUGAGAUAUUUGCUGAAGAUAUGAUGAGUACCAUUAUUCGGUACGGACUCUACAUUGGGGCAGCAUUUCAACUAGUUUGCUUACUGGCAAGUGUUACCCUUACGGAUGAUCAAAGUGAACCGUAUCCAUAUGAAAAGGCCUACACUGACAGCGACGAAUGUAGCUCAGAACAGUCAUCUCCAGGACAUCGAGCAACAAUAUCUAGAGCUCGAAGGCAUGACAAGAAAAAACGGCGUUAAGUUAUGAGUGAAAAUAAUUUAAGUUCAAUAUGUAAACUUAGUUCUGCUAAGCAUUAAUGGGUCAGACUUUGUAUUACCUUCUAAUUGUGGAAAUGUUUAACUUAGCAUAACAAUUGGCUUAACUUGUCAUAGAUGUAUUCAUUUAGUUUAAAUUAAUACAAACAGAUCUCUUAAAUGUAGUGAGCAUGGUUGUUUAUUAAACCCUUUUGUAUAGUUUUUUUUUUAUAAUUAUUUGUUAGAUUUAAGUAAAUGUAAUACUCAAAUAGAUUUUAAGUUUCACAUUUAUACUUUUCAUGUGAAUUGAGAAAUAAAAGACUAUUAUUAU